CAUCUUCAGUCCCAACGAAAGAUGAACUUGAAACAGGAACUAUUCCUCUUUUGUUUCCAGUACCACCGGGUCGACAUUCAUCGGCACACGCGUCUCCUUUUGAACUUUUGGACUCGUAAACACUAUUAUUCUUCUUUAAGUUUAAAAUGUUCGGUCUUUUAAUAUUACGUACUGGGGGUGUUCAUCAUGUUUCGAUAUUGCAGCAAAGGUUAUGCUGCUGUCGUUCGGAUUUGAGUGUUCACUUAAAUUUGAAAAAUACAUCGUAUUUGUCAAGAAGUUAUUACCAGAAUACCAAGAAGGACUGCAGAAACGUUUUCCAAAGUUAUAAAUGCAAAAGAUAUUUGUCUACAACUCAGAAAACUGUUAGGAUAGGUUGUGCAUCUGGGUUUUGGGGCGACACUGCGACUUCAGUCCCUCAGCUAGUGUUUGGUGGGAAGCUGGACUUCCUGGUGUUUGAUUAUCUAUCAGAGAUAACCAUGUCUCUACUCACAGCCUCAAAAGCCAAGUUUCCAAACCAGGGGUAUGCACCAGAUUUUGUACACACUGCUAUAGCUCCAUUCAUUAAGGACAUCCAUAAAAAAGGUAUUCGUGUGGUCAGCAAUGCUGGGGGGGUGAACCCUCAUGCCUGUGCUGCUGCUCUGCAGGAGGUGGUGCAGAAAGCUGACCUCAACAUGAAGAUCGCAGUUAUAACUGGAGAUGACCUGAUGGCAGAGAAAGACUUGUUGAAAGAGACUGAAAUUACUGAUAUGGAAAGUGGGAAUCCAUUCCCAAAUAACUUGCACAGUAUGAACGCAUAUCUGGGUGCCGUUCCUAUCAAAAGAGCUUUGGACCUUGGGGCUGACAUAGUUGUGACUGGUCGAUGUGUGGAUAGUGGAGUGGUGCUUGGACCACUCAUGCAUUCGUUUGGCUGGAAGCAGAAUGAUUAUGACCGUCUGGCGGCUGGAAGUCUUGCAGGUCAUCUGAUUGAGUGUGGAGCUCAGUGCACUGGAGGGAUAUUCACAGAUUGGUACAAGGUGCCAGACUGGGAUAAUAUAGGCUUUCCAAUUGUUGAGUGCUCUUCUGAUGGAACAUUUAUCUUAUCCAAGCCACCAAAGACGGGAGGUCUUGUGUCCUUUGGCACUGUAGCUGAGCAGUUGGUGUAUGAAAUUGGAGACCCAAGUCAUUACCUUCUGCCUGACGUCACAUGUGAUUUUUCAAAGGCAACCAUUACUGAAGUCCCAGAUGUUGAAGGAGGAGCAGUAAAGGUCCAGGGUGCAAAAGGCUCCUCUCCCUCAAGUGACUAUAAGGUUUGUGCCACAUACCUGGAUGGAUAUAGAGCCACUGCUGUGUGUCCUGUGGGAGGACCAAGAGCUGUAGAGAAGGCACGGCGGACAGCGGAAAGCAUUUUAAAAAGGACUCGCAGGAUAUUCAAGCAGCUCGGACUUGAUGACUUCACUGCUGUAAAUGUGCAGAUUCUUGGCUCUGAGGAUACCUACGGUCCACAUGCUAAGAAUAAGGAUGGUGGACCACGAGAAGCAGUGGUAUGGCUGGCUGUACGUCAUAGUCAGAAACGGGCCUUGGAAUUGUUUGCAAGAGAAAUUGCUCCUGCUGGCACAGGAAUGGCACCCGGACUAACUGGAAUAGUUGGCGGACGUCCAAGAGUAUCCCCAGUGCUGAAACCAUUCUUUUUCUUGUAUCCUAAAACAAAUCUGAAGGUGGAUAUUAAUAUAAACGGAGUGCAUGCAGAAACAAUUCAAGAGGAUGUCCUGUGUAUAGAUGAUGCAGUUACUCCUUCCUUGUCAGAGAACAUGGAGGGUGACAUCAAAGAUUUGCCAAGUGGUCCACACAAAUACAGAUUAGAAGAGCUGGCCUAUACCAGGAGUGGUGACAAGGGUGACACAGCAAAUAUUGGUGUUGUAGCACGUCACCCUCUGUACUACCCAUACUUAAAGAAAGCUCUGACAGCCCAGGCUGUGGAGGAGUAUUUCCAGCAUCUCAUACAGAAAGAUGACACUGGAACACCCAAAGUCAGAAGAUAUGAGCUUCCUGGAAUCAAUGGCCUAAACUUUGUUUUAAGAAAUUCUUUGGGCGGUGGAGGGGUGGCCUCUCUUCGGAGUGACCCGCAGGGCAAGGCAUAUGGACAGAUGCUUUUGGAUUUCAAGAUAAAAUAUGUACCUGAUUUGAAGUCACUCAUAGACUAAGAUAAAGAACUGGUAAAUGCUACUGAUUAUGAAUUAUGAUACUGUAGUCCAUGUUUAAUUUAAAAUUCUAUGGUGUCUUUUCAAUAUAUGCUCUGCCAACUGACUGUGCAUUAUCAUUUGACCCUGUGUUUGUUUAAAUGGGUUUGAUAUCUUUUAUUAAACAUACACAUACAGUUUUAUUGUGUUUCCAAUGAAAUGCAUAUUAGGUCCAGCACCUGAAAACUACAGAUAUCUCAACAUAUAUUGGAUACAGGGGCUGAGGAUGUUUUAUUGUAGUGUUUCUUUAAACAUUUUGAAUUGAUAGGAAAUGAAUGAUGCAAUCUAGCCAGUAAGUACUAAUGAAAACUAUUGAUAAUUAACUUUUAAUCUAAAGUGUUUGUUUAUUUCUAUACAAUAGCUUUGAGAGACUUAACACUGUUUUUAUUUUUUAAUACAACUACUUACUGUAAGACAAUGUCCAACAUUCUCGGUACUGUUAACUACAAGGUAUUUGUAUUCAGUUUAACGUUGUAACCGGUUUAAUAAAUGUUUCUAUAAUACCCAGUGUGUUAUGAGACAAACUUUGAAA